CACAUGGCACGGGGGCCACCAUCCACCCUACAAGAAGCAAGUGAAGGCUCCCUAAGGAGAGACACCCUGGGGACCCAUGCAAGACUCUGGAGGACGGAGGCAGGGGGCCAGGCAGGGCAGCCAGUGGCCCUCCCACAGGCCCUGGCCUCCCAGACCUGGGUGUGAGCCCCUCUCAACCCCUUGGGGAGGCAUGGGUUUGCUGAGCGCCCACUUUCUGUUCUGUAAAGAGGCCGUGGUAAGGGGAGAUGAAAUAACGCAGGUUCACGAGGGUCUUCCAUUCAUCACACCGGAGCGCCAUUUCCUGCCAGUCUUUUUACCUGAGCAGCCGGCAGGGAGGCCAAGCGCAGAGAUGCCGACACCAGAUGGACAGUGCCUGCAGGCCCCACAGUCACCACAGAGACGGGAGCCACCCACAAGAAGAAGCCCAAAUCCAGGACGCUGGGCGUCACCCCUCCCCAGGCAGGGAGGCCCUGACUGUGUGCCCAGUCCAAGGGCUAGGACCACGGGCUGCCCGAAGGGCCCGCAGAGGGGUGGGGGCCGCGUCUUCCCAGAGGUGCCCCCGCCCCAGUGCCCCAGCGUCUGCGGCCCGCAGCCGCACCCACUUCCUCCACAGCCAGGGACCGCCUCCUGGGACCCAGAGCUGGACGACGCUGACACUGCCAGGCCCCGGGCCGCCCUCCUGGAGAAGCACCCGCUGGACGGGGAGAAGCAGCCGCCCGGCACCAGGCAGGGCCCCUUCUUCUACAUCGGAGGCACCAACGGGGCCUCAAUAAUCAGCUCCUAUUGCAAAAGCAAGGGCUGGCAGCGCAUCCAGGACAGCCGGCGGGAAGACUACAAGCUCAAGUGGUGCGAGGUCAAGUGCAGGGACACCUACUGCAGCUUCCGGGAAGGAGAGCAGCUGCUGUACCAGCUCCCCAACAACCAGCUCCUCACCACCAAGAUCGGGCUUCUCAGCGCCCUGAGGGAGCACGCACGGGUCCUCAGCAAGACCAGCAAGCCAGCCCCCUGCGCGCAGGCCAAAUGUGGAAAGGACACGACAUCCGCCCCAGAAGAGCUCCUGUGGAGCAGCCCAGGACGCCUUGGGCCACAGAGGGUCCUGAAAAUGGAAGACUUUUUCCCAGAGACCUACCGUCUGGACAUCAGGGACGAGAGAGAGGCUUUCUUCACCCUCUUUGAUGCUCUCUCCGCAGAAACCCAGAUGUGGAUCUGCAAGCCCACCGCCUCCAACCAGGGCAAAGGCAUCUUUCUGCUCCGGAACCAGGAGGAAGUCGCCGCCCUCCAAGCCAAGACCCAGAGCAUCGAGGACGACCCCAUCUACCGCAAGAUGCCCUUCCGGGCGCCUCAGGCGCGGGUCGUGCAGAGGUUUUGCGCGUGGGCACCCCGAGGGGCGUCGGGCGGGUACAUCCAGAACCCGCUGCUGCUGGACGGGAAGAAGUUCGACGUGCGCUCCUACCUGCUCAUCGCCUGCGCCAUGCCCUACAUGGUCUUCUUCGGCCACGGCUACGCUCGCCUCACCCUCAGCCUUUACGAUCCCCAUUCCAGCGACCUCGGUGGCCAUUUAACCAACCAGUUCGUGCAGAAGAAGAGCCCCCUGUACCUGCUGCUCAAGGAAGACACGGUGUGGAGCAUGGAGCGCCUUAACCGCUACAUCAACGACAAGUUCCACAAGGCCAAGUGCCUCCCCCGGGACUGGGUCUUCACCACCUUCACGAAGCGGAUGCAGCAGAUCAUGGCCCACUGCUUCCUGUCUGUCAAAUCCAAGCUCAAGUGCAAGCUGGGCUACUUUGACCUCAUUGGUUGUGACUUCUUGAUCGAUGAAAACUUCAAGGUGUGGCUGCUGGAGAUGAACUCCAACCCCGCCCUGCACACCAACUGUGAAGUCCUGAAAGAGACCUGGCACUCGAGACCUUACAGAAGAGCCUGCGCAGCCAGAAGAUGCUGCCGCUGCUGUCCCAGCGCCGCUUCGAGCUCCUGCACAACGGCGAGGCAGACCUGUGGCCGCGCCUGGGGGGCUCCCGCAGCGUCCCCCGCCCGCCGCCGCCGCCGCCCCGGCCCGCCUGCGACGCCGCGCCCGCCACGCCCCCCGUUCUCCGCGCCGCCGGGAGGCCGCGCGCGCGCGGGCCCGCGCCACGCCGGGGCCCCAGCGGCGCGUCCGGGCGGCCCUCCUCCGCACAGCGGCGCCCCCGGCCUCCGACCCCCGGCCCCGACGGCGCCCAGGGCGGGGACCCCGAGGCCCCGGGCGGCGGGCGGCCGCGAGUGGGCGGCGGGGAGCCGGCGCGGGAGCCUUCCCCGGGCUCGGCAAAGGAGGGGCGCAAGAACGCGGGCCACCGCGGCUCCUAGCGGGCGGGCCUCCGGCGCCCUCGCGGGGACCUAUAAAAGCUGCUGUUUCAAACGCGACCUCUGCAGCUGGUCCGCGGGUUCCCCGCACACCGGGCCCCGAGACGCCCUCCGGUAGCCUCCCUGCUCCCCGUGA